GUCUGCUCUUAUUGUGAAGAGCCGUAGCGGAAGUGCUCACUCCCGCCAGCUUACCGCAGCUCGGCCGGGUCACGCCGCACAUCCCGCCGGAUGUUUUGCGUCGCCACGAUGUGACGCGAACCUUUCUCUCCUCCACAUCUUCUCCUCCUUGCUUCUUUCUCCUCUCACAGAGACGAAGCGAGCGGCUCAGCGGGAGGCGCAGGAGGCUCCGGCAGCGGCUCUUCAGCAGACACCAAUGACUCCAGCUGUGUGAGAGGGCAUCCAUCUUCCGGUGUGCUGGAUGUCUGUGACAGAUCCAUGGGUCAGAAGGACCAUGUGGAGGCAGGGGCCGGCCACAUGCUCGACCCGGAACCGGAUCUGGAGUAUCUCCACGUAGCUGGGGCCGACCGGCAGGCUGGCGGCGCUGACGGAGCCCCUGCUAUGGAGGAGCAGGGGGAGAGCUCCGGUAGCAGCAGCACCGCCGACUCCCCUCCGCCGGCCGCAGCGGAGGAAAGUGCUGGGCCUGACGCCGAGUGCGAGCCGGCCUCCUCUUCCAGCUCCACCCUUGCUGCCGGCCCUGACCCGGAUGGAGGAGAGGGAGCAUCCACUCACACUAAGAACACCCACCAGCCACUUUGUCGUACACAGUGUGUGGACUUAGGCACCGAGGGGCCUCCCGAGCCCGCACCUGAACUCUCACCAGAGCGUGAACCUGAUACUCCUGCACAGACCCCACCCGCCUCCCCGUGUAAGAACCCCCCCGAGCCUCGGCCCAGUCCCUCCAAAUCGAGGCCGGCGUCCGAGGCUGGCGGGAAGGAGUACCAGGCUAAGCUGGAGUUUGCCCUGAAGCUGGGUUACUCUGAGGAGACGGUGCGACUGGUGCUGUCCAAGCUGGGCCCGGACACCCUCAUCAACGACAUACUGGGAGAGCUGGUCAAACUGGGCACCAAGUCGGACAGCGAGCAGCCGGCCGGAUCGUUGGCCUCCGCCUCAUCCUCUUCAUCCUCCUCAUCCUCGUGCGGUUGCUCUGAUUUGCUGGACAGCCAGAGGUCGGACUCGCCCUGUCUCUCGGACCCUGUGUGCGACCAGGACAACCUGCGGCCGAUUGUGCUGGACGGGAGCAAUGUGGCCAUGAGUCACGGGAACAAGGAGGUGUUUUCGUGCCAGGGCAUCCAGCUGGCAGUGGACUGGUUCCUCGAGCGAGGCCACCAUGACAUCACAGUGUUUGUGCCCGCAUGGAGGAAGGAGCAGUCCCGGCCCGAUGCCCCCAUAACAGAUCAGGAGAUCUUGCGUCGCCUGGAGAAAGAAAAGAUUCUGGUCUUCACUCCCUCGCGGCGCGUCCAAGGCCGGCGCGUGGUCUGCUAUGACGACCGCUUCAUUGUCAAGUUGGCGUAUGAGUCAGACGGCAUCAUCGUCUCCAACGACAACUACCGGGACCUGGCUAACGAGAGGCCCGAGUGGAAGAAGUUCAUCGACGAGCGGCUGCUCAUGUACUCCUUCGUCAAUGACAAGUUCAUGCCCCCAGACGACCCUCUGGGCCGUCAUGGCCCCUCCUUAGACAACUUCCUGAGGAAGAGACCCAUCAUGCCUGAGCAGAAGAAACAGCCUUGUCCAUAUGGAAAAAAGUGCACUUAUGGCCACAAGUGUAAGUACUACCACCCGGAGCGAGGUGCGCAGCCUCAGCGAGCCGUGGCCGACGAGCUGCGAGCCAGCGCCAAGACCUGCGUCACCGUGAAGAACCAGGGCGACGCUGGGCUGGUGAAGAGCCACAGUGUGCCAGCUGGCAGCAUUGAGGCAAAGAAAGGGGCCACGAAGAGGCAGUCGGACCCCAGCAUCCGAGCCCUGUCGUACAGCGACGCUGAGGAGAAGCUGCUGGCUAAAGGGAGGCUGGAGAGCCAAAAGAGCAGUAUGUGUGGUGGCAGCAGUAGCAGUUCCAGUGGCAGCAGUAGCUGCAUCACCAUGUCCCCGGCCCCGGGGGGGCCCCCAUCCAGCCUUAACCUCCCCCAGGACCACCAGUCCAGAGCCGUCACUCCUCACUGUCUCCUCCCAGCCCCAAGCCACGACCUCUACCCUCACUGUGAGUCCCCCGACCUGAGCUACUACUCAGUAACGCGAGCCUACUCCGGCCUGAGCCUGUCCUCCAGACGGAGCCCAGACUGUCGCUUCCCCAACGACACCGACCUGCGGCCGGGCUCCUUCGGCUCCGCGGGCUCCGAGUGCGGCAGCGAGAGCAGCACCAGUUGCGGCAGCAGCUGCGACUCGUACAGCGAGAGGCCGUGCCCAGCCUGCCCCCCUGACACCUUACUGGAAGACAACAUCCAUUUUGCGAACCCCCACAGCCGCCUGUAUCCCCAUCACGCUGCAACCAACCAUGAACUUUGUGGUCUCCACCCGGCCGAUUACACAAAUAUCCCCCACAGCCACGCGAGUAAUACCAGCAUUCACAGUUACCACCUGGGCAUGACACGCGGGCAGAGCUGUUCUCAUGAUCAACAGCCGUCAGAGGCUCUUCCAAAGCGUCCUCUGUACCCUUUACCCCCCCAUCUCCAGCACCAGCCGCUGGCCGCACGCUCCAGCUGCCCCGGCGACUACCACUCUCUGCCGCAGCCCAACCCUCACCCCCCUGGCUCUCCUCUUGGCCGCUGCCUGGCCCCCACUCGAGCAGAGAGUGUGUCAGACUCACAUCUGUACGAGCAUCUCUCCACGUCGCACCAUCACCACCGACCGAAAGCUCUGCCCAGCUGGGACACGUACUACAGGCAGCCGCUGCCACCGUCCAGAUACGAGCCGUCAGCCUAUCAGAGCCUCCCAGACACACGCCAGUCGUCCUGGCACACCCCCCCCUGGGCGCAGGACGGGUACGCCCAGCACCACUCCUCUCACCCAGCUCUCCACCCGUCCCCGACACAUUACCAUAAUCACCCGCCACUUCCCGCCCACCCCCCUCACCCGUCUCAUUCAUCCAGCAGCCCUCUUCCACCCUACGCUCCGCACAGCCCUCACCUGACGCUGCCCUCCCACGCUCCUCCCUCCUACAUGCCACAGCACUCGGAGUCCCCGGCACACAGCUGCUACGGGGACGUGAGGGAGAAAGUGUUCAUCAACCUGUGCAACAUCUUUCCCUCGGAGCUGGUCAGCCGGGUGAUGGCCAGGAGCCCCCACGUCACAGACCCCCAGCAGCUUGCGGCCGCCAUCCUGGCAGAGAAGGCCCAGACGGGCUACUGAGGGAUGAAGGAGACUAAGAAAAUAAAAACCAUCGUUUGCAUCAGCAGACAAAAAUGAAUUUGCCUUUAAAACUCUUGACAGCAUUGUGGACUCCUGGAAUGCUUCUGGCCUGUCUGCAAGGAGAGCAUGUUCUUGUCUUAUGAAGUUGCUGAAGAUAAUCCAAACCCCAGCCUCAGUCACUGUGCAGAGACAACUAAGUUCACUCGUGUGGAGAGAGGGAGUGGAAAUCUGUGACUUUUACACAAAGUGCAACUUGAGAAGAUUGUUCUACACGAGCUCGAUUGUCAUUUCUAUAAUUAAUUUUUCUUAGCUCCCCAUGAAGGACUGCAUCCAUGCUGUAAGGCACUUUUUUAUUUUACAGCCCCGAUCCUAAGGUGUUCGUUUAAUAUCCGAAGCGACUGACAUGAAGGGUUAUUUCAUUUAUGACCCAUUAUGUGCACUGUAAACUUCCUCUCAGACUCGAGUCAAGCAGUGGUGUAGCACCAGAUUUUAUUCACAGCUUUGACGAAAGCGUCGUAAAUAUUCAAACUUCACUUCACAUUUUUCCGUUGUGAAAUCCUGUCUGUUUCAAACGACUAUUUAGACAAAGGUCUGUGUAUUAUAUUAACCUCUUCCUGUGUGCUGUGCAGCUGUCGUGUGUUUUUUUCCAUGUCGGGGAAGUCGUCUUGUCCGAGGCGGUGUCAGUAUUUCUGUCAGAGCUGUAGAGAUGGGUGACCCUGUCGUGUGUACCUUAGUUUUAGUAAGGGACAUCUCUCUCUUUCUCUUUCUCUAACUCAAUCUCUCUCUCUCUCUCUCUCUCUCUCUCUCUCGCUCUCUCUCUCUGGCCCUUUAUUCCGGGUCCGCUCUGGUUUCUGCCACAGACGGGGAUCGACCUCGACACCAGUGAGCGGAGCGUGCACGUACUGUACAUAUAUUUAACCGACUCCCCCCUCCCCCCUGCUGUGCUAUCGGCGACCAGCGACCACCGCUGUCUGUAGCAGAUCCCAGCUGAAUCCGUGCUAGACAGAGAAAAACCUUGUUUGAUACAAAUUGUAUCAUGAACUAAGUCGCUGAUGUUCUAUACAGUACAUGGACUAUUUAUCAACCUCUUGUUUUGUUUUGUUUCACUGGCUGACGGGACAAGACGGCCCAUUUGAGAAUGAAAGUGAAUUAGUUCAAGUUUCUGUUUUAGCCUUGAUUUGGAUAAGUCACAUUAUCAAACUGAUUUAUUGUCAGUAGCAAAGUAUUUCUAUAAAUCAUUAAUUUAGGGGACAGACCCCCAACAGUGUGUAAUGAGUUCAAUUUUACAUUUGAGUCCAUCUUUAACGGCGGCUGUUUUGAGUGUCUGCAACAUUGAGUUGAGCCCGAAAUGGCCGCUUGACGGAACUGACGUGGACGCUGAGCUCGUCGUGCGGUUCAUCACAAGCCAGCUACGUAAAGCCCACUGGUUUCUUUCCUGUCCGACGUGUCACAUUGUACAACUGUCGACUGAGUGUACAACAACACGUGCUGUUGAUAUGAGGGAACCUUUGUGUGUAUUGAAGAAGCGCCUCCUCUCUGGCCUCCUGACACCGUGUGUCAGCGUGGCACCUGAGCGUGGGCCCAAAGUAAUGCCUCUUCAUGGCAUUGUGCUUAUGACACAUCCAAUACUCUGAACUAUGUUCAGCUAACUGUUAAGCAUGUUUUGAUUUGUUUUGAUUUCUGCAUGUAUUUAAGUUGUGUACAAAGCUGUGUAUUUGCAUUUAGGAGCCAUCUGUGGUACUUCAGACUCGCUGUUUAGAUGCUUCUAGGUUAACUUGUACACAAACAUGGUUGUUAAUGUUUUCUUUGUUAAUAUUUCGUUUCAUAAAGUGUUAGUGUUCAGAGAAGCACCCGUCUUUAACUGCAUAUUCAAGUCAGGGCAGAAUGCUUUCUGGUUUUCUGUAGGAUCAGGAAGCUUUGUCCGACAUUGUUUUGUUUUUUUAAGUGCACUCUGCCAUCAACGGUAAUAAUAAAUUAUCAAUUGACUUGUUUGCUCUAGAUGUUAUAGAUCUAUACAGAGUCCCUUGUUUCAAACUGGAUCUACAUUUUGCCAGUAGAAAUACAGCAUAACUGUUUGUAAGAUUCUCAACUGUACCUGUGGCUGUUCAUUAAAGAGAGUACUGCUA